AGAGAGAGGAGGUGGCUGGGAGGGGUAUCCCUCCGCUGUGCAAUCUGUGCUGUAUGCUGAUCUCCAGGACUCUGCAUGGCACACAGGCUCUGGAUCUCUCUCCCUGGACAUCCUGCAAAGGCUCUUCCCUGGGAUUUAUCACCCCCUCCCCUUUCACCCUGGAUUUGGAAGAGCACUCACCCUGUAACCUCUCUCUCCCUCUCUUCAAGGAACCUCUUGGAUCCCCCAUCCCCCCUCUCCCCCAAUUCACAGGCAGGUGAUCCCAUCUGCCCCCCUUUCUUUCAUUUUGCUGUACAUGCAGCGCCUGUGGAUCAGUCUUCCAUCAUGCACAGAGACAGCUGAAUAAUAUUCCCAUGUAGGAUUGGGGGACACGGAAACGAAACUCUUCUUCCCGAGUCACCGGGAGUUUCCAACUUUAUUUUGAAGUUAUCUAUAUACGUAUUAUUAAUAUUAUUGUUAUUAAUAGUAUUAAUACAGUUUUCUUGCUGCUGUGGGGGAAUUGGACUCUGAGCUGAGAGUGUCAUGGAUAUAGCAACAGGUCCUGAGUCCUUGGAGAGGUGUUUUAACAGGGGGCAGACUGACUGUGCCAAGAUGCUGGACAAUAUUAAAAUGGAAGAUCACCCACUCAGGGCUGGCACGGCCACCUUAGGAGUUUUGCUAGGCUCAGAGUGCCAGCACCAGGCAGUGUGUGAGGGCUGCCAGAGACCCAUCUCAGACCGCUUUCUGAUGAGAGUCAAUGAAUCCUCCUGGCAUGAGGAGUGUUUGCAGUGUACAGUGUGUCAGCAACCCCUCACCACCAGCUGCUACUUCCGGGACAGAAAGCUCUUCUGCAAGCAGGACUACCAACAGCUUUUUGCUGCAAAAUGCAGUGGAUGCAUGGAGAAGAUUGCCCCAACGGAAUUUGUAAUGCGUGCCCUGGAGUGUGUGUACCACCUGAGCUGCUUCUGCUGCUGUGUAUGUGAGCGGCAACUAAGAAAAGGAGAUGAGUUUGUGCUGAAGGAGGGACAGCUAUUGUGUAAAAGCGACUACGAAAAGGAAAAAGACCUUCUAAGCUCUGGGAGUCCAGAUGACUCAGACUCUGUGAAGAGUGAUGAUGAAGAUGGUGACAUAAAACCUGCAAAAUGUCAUGGGAACCAGGGGAAGGGCAGUGACGAUGGCAAAGAUCCAAGGCGGCCUAAACGACCACGGACAAUCCUCACAACGCAGCAGAGAAGGGCGUUUAAAGCAUCGUUUGAGGUGUCUUCAAAGCCUUGCAGGAAGGUCAGGGAGACGUUAGCAGCGGAAACAGGACUUAGUGUGAGAGUGGUCCAAGUGUGGUUUCAGAACCAAAGAGCAAAGAUGAAAAAAUUAGCAAGAAGGCAUCAGCAGCAGCAAGAACAACAGAAUUCUCAGAGACUCGGUCAAGAGGUCAUGUCCAGCCGCAUGGAAGGGAUGAUGACCUCAUACGCCCCACUGGCCCCCCCACAACAACAGAUCGUCACGAUGGAUCAGAACAGCUACAGCACAGACCCCUUCCAGCAAGGACUCACCCCUCCUCAAAUGCCAGGUGACCACAUGAAUCCUUAUGGCAAUGACACUAUAUUUCACGAUAUUGACAGUGAUACCUCGUUAACGAGUCUCAGUGACUGCUUCUUGGCUUCUUCAGAAGUCAAUUCCAUGCAAGCCAGAGUGGGAAACCCCAUUGACCGACUGUACUCCAUGCAGAGCUCCUACUUCGCAUCAUGAGGGCUUCCAUCAGUCUGUUCCCUACCAAAAACAUAAAGAAAAAGAAAAAUGGACCCUUAGAGACUAUUUACAGCCAUAACGGUGCAGUUUUCCUUCACAGAACUGAGCAGUGAGCAGACCGACAAUACACAGAGGCAGCCAUGGGACUGCAUCUUUCUGGCACCUGAGAAGUUUGGCAAAAGCAUGAGAAUGAACUUUUAAAAACUUUUUUUCCAUUUAAAAACAAACCAUUAUUGUAAAAAAAUGGAAGAAUACAGUAUUUGUAUAGAAUUGUGUUAAAGAAAAAAACACAAUAGACAUUUUUCCCUCUAGAAUAAUGCAAAAAUGAAGCCACUGAUAAAAGGUUUUCCUUGUCUCCUCUAAAACUGCAUGAGUGUCACCGUGAUGUGGAAUUAACAAAUUUGAACUGUGAGAAGUUAUUGUAAAUGUGACGUUUUAAACUAUUUUUUUUUUCUUUUCUAUAUUUUUGGUUUGAUUUUCUCCAUAGACAAGAAGGGUAGUUUUUAGUCAUUAUAUCAUACGAGCAGACAAUGAUUUGUCAAGGUCAUUGCCAACACAGGAAGGACUGCAUGUUUUUCUGGAGAGAAAUCCAUUUUUGUUUUUUAAAUUAAUGGUCUUAUGUUCUUUUAAGGUGCUUUAAAGAUUUAAAACAGAAAAAAAAAACUUAAUUUAAUAAAACGUACAACAGUA